CCGACUGGAUGUCAUCCAUGAAGUGUGUUGAUCAAGACAGGUCAGACUGUGGAGGGAAACACUGACAGACACACCGACUCAUCCAGGGCCGAACUUUCUCAGUACACUGCAAGGAAGGAGCGAAUAAACCGAGUGAUUAGUCUUACUCAAGUCACCUGCAAAGGUGGAAAGCGAACUUAAUUUCUGUGAACUCCUGACUUCCAUCUGCCUUGAAACAUGAAUCUGUCAGCACAAAUGGACAUGAUGUUCCUCCUGGUGAUGUUCUCCCAGAGCGAGCUGCUUCUGGCCGAAAACUCGGAAGAUGCCUACCAGGAACAUCUCAACCAUAUCGGGGAGCAUCAGGCCACACGCAACCAAAUUGCCAUGGCCCAAUACCAGUGCUUCCAGCGGAUGGUGAGAGAAGACUGGUACCGCAAUAGCAAAAUGACGGGACCAGUGUGCAACACAACAUGGGAUGGAUGGCUGUGCUGGGAUGAAACCGAAUUAGGACUCACAGCAGAGCAGGGCUGUCCAGACUACUAUAAAGACUUUGACCCCAAUGCAAUGGCGUCCAAAGUCUGCACGGAAACGGGCGAGUGGGGCCGCCAUCCGGAGAGCAACCGGACAUGGACAAACUUUACCAACUGUAAAGCCAACACAACACACCACGGCACGGCGGCGAUGACUCACUUCUACCUGGUCAUGAUCGGCCACGGACUUUCGCUGGUCUCAUUGACAAUAUCACUGGCGAUAUUCUUCCAUUUUAAGAGUCUGAGCUGCCAGAGGAUCACGUUGCACAAGAACCUCUUCGUCUCAUUCGUCCUGAACUCCAUGAUCACCGUCGUGUGGCUGACAACUGUGGUCAAGAAACAAGGACACACGCAUAACGACUCGGUGAGGCCUUUUGUUUCCUUCCCAGAGAUGGUCAUGUGGUCAUUUUGUCGUUUGCCGCGCUCGCAGGCCAGCUGCAAGCUGCUCAUGUUCGUCCACCUCUACCUGCUGAGCUGCAACUACUUCUGGAUGCUGUGCGAGGGCAUCUACCUGCACACGCUGAUUGUGGUGGCCGUGUUCGCGGAGAAGCAGCACCUGAUGUGGUAUUACCUGCUGGGCUGGGGUUUCCCGCUGGUGCCAGCGGUGUUGCAUUCAAUCGGACGCCACUGCUACUACAAUGACAAAUGCUGGGUCAGCUCGGACACUUCCCUACUGUACAUCAUCCACGGGCCCAUCUGCGCCGCGUUGGUGGUAAACCUCUUUUUCUUGCUGAACAUCGUGCGGGUUCUCAUCACGAAGCUGAGAGUGACCCACCAGGCCGAGUCCAGCCUGUACAUGAGGGCGGUGAGGGCCACGCUCAUCCUCAUCCCGCUGCUCGGCAUUCAGUUUGUGCUGCUGCCCUACAAGCCUCAGGAGCACUGGGUCUCGGACAUCUAUCUCUACGUCAUGGAGAUCCUAAUGCAUUACCAGGGUCUGCUUGUGUCCACCAUUUUCUGCUUCUUUAACGGGGAGGUCCAGACAGUCCUGCGGAGACACUGGAACCAGCAGCAGAUGCAGUUCGCCGGCACGUUCGCCAACGCCGACCUCUUCCGCUCGGCCUCCUACGCGGCGUCGUCGCUCACCGAGGUCCACCGCUGCUACAGCAUCGAGAGUCACACCGAGCAGAACACCGUCAAAAGCUACUCCGACAUAUUCCGAUCCGACAGCCCCUUUGUGUGACCGGGACUUUCCCCACCACACCCAUGGAACUCUCCAUCUUGUCAGUGUCCUGGAGAAUCUUUGAUUGUCCAGCACAUUCAAAGACAUGUCAUUGUGACGUCUUUCCACUGGAUUUACCAGACUCGGAGUGGAAUGUACAGCCCACGUUGAUACCACGCAGUCAAACUCUUUUUGGCCGUCACGGAUACGCCGCACCAUACGACUGUCAUCACAUCAAUCCGAGGUUAUCUUCGGAUUUCUCCACACAACUCAAGGACGCGCAAUGAAGAAAAAAUAGAUUCUCUUGUACAUUCA